CGAAGGGCGAUAUGACGAGGUCGAAACUAGUGGGAUUCGCGUGACGCGCUUCCCGACUUGAGGAUUCUCGGACCUCCGAAAGUCCAGUAUGGCAGUGAUGUACGAGAUCAAUCGAUUCCUUCAGACAUCAUGAUGAUAUGGCUUCAACGGUAUUCAACGAACCUCUCGAAAUCCGUACUCAUUGAUGAUGCCUUCUCAACGUUGGCCUCGCCUAACCCAGACUCAAAAGGUUGCCCAAUGGCGCCGCUCACCCCCGAAGACGUCGAGAUCAUCGAGAAACGACUAGCUAAGGGCAAAUGGGCCGAAGAUCUAGUGAAAGAAUUUCUCGCCGAGGGACGCGGAUCUAAGACCGCAGUCUAUCGCAAGAUAAAACGCUGGACGGAGACGGGCUCCGCGAAGCACAUUCCCAAGCCCAGCGGCCGCCCGCGGACAGUGACGCCCGAGGAGAACGCAUGGAUGUUGGAGCAGCUGCGCAAAGAUAGCAGUCUAGCGUUGGAUGACCUGCAAAGUCUGCUCCUGACAGAGCGCGACACUGAUGAGGAAGAUGAGAAACCAAAAGAAGCAAUUAACAUCGCAAUUACCGCCCACAGAAACGGCACCUCCAGAGCAGCGAGAGACCGCAAGUUCAGCGACAUGAGGUAUGAGAUAUGA